AUGUGGUUAAGAUGGAUUCUGUUUUACCUGGUGUGUAUAAGCUUUCAGGAUUUGAUUAUUGUUGGAUUAGAAAAUCUUGCUUUAAACAAGCCAGCUUUACAAAUAAAUGACUAUAAAACGCAUCACACGGCAUCGGUAGCAGUUGAUGGAAAUGCCUCAUUUUGUUCUCAUACACAAAGUACAACAGGACCUGUCCCAAAUUGGUGGAUGGUAGACUUAGAAGCCAAUUACAAAAUUACAAAUGUCAAUGUUCUCAAUAGAGGAGAUUGUUGUGUGGAACGAUUGCAAAAUUUCACCAUUUCUGUUUGGGAAUAUGAUCCUGGGCCUCACAUCAAGUAUAACAUGACGGCGAAUGAAUUUUGUAUUUGUGCCACGCAGCUAACGGCGGUACCAGGAGGUCAAUGGGCAAAUUUAACAUGUACCAAGAAAUGCGUUGGAAGAUUCGUUUUACUGAUGUCUUAUUACAAUGAUCAUUUAACGCUGUGUGAAGUACAGGUGUUUGGUAAUCCGUACAGUGGUUGUUCAGCAUACUUGCCACUUGAAAAAUAUAUAAGGAAGAUUGAAGGUAAACGUGCAAAUCCAAACUGUGCUUUCUCGCCAUUUCAAGUAUCAAAUGAAUACGAGUGUAGUCAUCAAUGUUUACAGACGUAUAAAUGUGUCAGUUUUAAUUACAGUCCUCAAAUAGUGAAUGGUGUUAACUGCCAAUUGAUCAAAUGUUUUUCACAUCCAGUAAAAGCCAUGAUAUCAGAUAGUAAUUGGAAUUGGCGUUAUAUUUCACUGUAA